CUAGUCGGGACUGAGUCAGUCAGCUGUCACACGGUAGUGAGUCGAGCAGAAGGAGCCGCGCACACGGAGCCAAACACACCACGGCCUCGAAAAUGACCAGCUUUUCCAACAAGUUUGCGGCUUACACGAUGACGCAGCUCAACGAAAUCCUGGAAGACGAUGAGAAACUGACGAAAAUGGUCCAGGAAAUGGAGGAGAUGCAGGAGGUCCAGCUAAGCAAGGACACCACCCUGGCCAACAACAGAACUUUGGCCAAUGAGAAUCUGGAUCUUCAGCCCCGACUGGAGCACAAGAAAGAGCAGCUCACCACGCGUUAUCGCUGUCUUCAGGAGACCUUGGAGGCCUUUCAGCUGCGCAAGUCCACCCUUGACCACAAGUCAGGAAACACAUCCUUGGACACUCUGCUGGCUCUCCUGCAGACAGAAGGUGCUAAAAUUGAGGAGGAGACAGAGAACAUGGCUGACUCCUUCCUGGACGGCGACAUGACCCUGGACACCUUCAUUGACUCUUACCAAAGCAAGAGGAAGCUGGCCCACUUGAGAAGAGUGAAGAUCGAGAAGCUGCAGGAGAUGGUGAUGAAGGGCCAGCGGCUCCCUCAGGCGUCCGUGUGCACCUCACGGUCUCAGGAUGUGUCGGUGGCAUCCUCGUCCCUCCUCACCGAUGGAAGCAGCUCCUCUCCGCUGGCGCAGCCCCGGAGGAAACCCCCAGCGCCCCCCUCCCAGCCGCCACCCGUGCUAAAUCCAGCUGCCACUGCCACCCCUCCACCUGCCGUCUUCUACUCAGCAUCUCCAUACCCACCCAUCCCUCCCAGGACUGGCCAACCCUUCCCCAGUGUGGCGUCUGGGUACCCGAGCCACUUCCUGUCCCAGUACCCGCCCGCUCUGCCUCAACGGCCGGCCCCUCGCCUGGCUCCCCAGCCCGGCUUCAUCAUGCAGUAACCGGACACACUGGAGACUCCCAGAGUCCUGGACGUUUCACUGCGGCGUCUCAGAACUUCUAUUUACUGGCGUUUGCCUUCAAUGACUUUGACCAAUCAGCGCACAGGAAAGCCACUCUCGUCGGCUCCAGCGGGACCUGCGCUCGCAUCACGCUCCCAUCGACACUCCUGUCUGAAAAAGAGAGGCUGAGCUCCGGCUCAGAUUCUCAGCUUGACUGAGCCGGAGUGUGACUUAUCAUCUGCGCCGUCUGUGGGUGUCUGUCUACUGUCGAUUUCAAAGCUCCUUCUCGGGGCCUGUUCCGUAGAAAGCUCCUGCUUCCAUGGAACUCUAAACACAAAACAAAAAAAAAGAA